AUGAGUUUGAUGGAAGGGGAUCCAGUUACUCUGCGCCAGCCUGCGACGGCCGAGGCUCAGCAUUUGCAACAGGCAAUCCCCGUCCAAGUCAAACCUGAGUUGGGGACCAAGAUGUCUCAAUGCUGGGACAUUUUGCAAGACAAAGUUGCAGGACCCUUGUGA